AUGUUAAAGAUAAUAUUGUUGCUAUUGUGGAUUGAUGGCAUAUUGAGCGAAAAUUUAAAUUCAAAUGGAAGGAAAUGUGACCAUCUAUUUUACAAAUGGAUGUCCAAGUCAGCAAAGAAAAACAUUCUAGUGUGUACUCGGAAAUCAAGAUUGUAUGGUAAUUUGAACUUGAGGGAAAGUAGUAAACCAUCUGUUUUUCGUGAUUUAACGAAAAAGGAAAUUGCAGGACUUCUUGAUUACCUUUAUAACCGUUCAGAUUUAAACCUUACAACCGCAGAUAAAACAACAAUCAAUUCAAACUAUAUUUUCAGUUCUGAAAUAUUUUUGCCACCGAAAAGAGACGUAUUGAAACAUUUAGAUACACAUUGUGUUCAGCCUAGACGUGAAGCCCGUGUUAUGAUUUUGCGAGGCGGUAUCUCCAAACCAGAUGUAAUAGAAAUUAUUGUGAGUCCUUUGCCAAACCCGACUGGUUAUCGGCAUGUUCCUUACCUACCAAAAUAUAUUCCAUUUAUUGAUCGUCCUAUUGACGUUUUUGAUUUCAAUCUCACGCCAUUGCUAGAAAAAAUUGAUAAAGUUGCAGGACAAAUACUCAAUGAAUUAUAUGGUGGUCGUUUAGUUAACUGCGGUGAUCGCUGUUUGGUUUUUAAUCUCAAUAACCAAUUGACAACUCCGUUAUCAGGAGUCAGGAAACGUUUGUGGUUUAGUUGGUUAUAUCAAUUUAAGGAAUAUUAUUUGUUAUGGCCCGUAGAUUUUGCAGUACUCCGAGAAGUAGAUAAUAACGGUAAUAAUACUAUAAUCAAGAUUUGGUUUGAUGGAUCAUUGUUUAAUAGCCUGGAAGAAAUAGUUGCAUACUACAAUACAUACAAGGAAUAUAUCAAUAAAAUUCCCUUUCCAACAAACGCAGAAAAUAAAGAUAAGUCUAUCAAUUCUAGAGGCGAACCAUCGUUUAAAAUACCUCUAAAAGACCCAUCACAAGUAUCCCCAGACGGUAUACGUUACAAUAUCGACGACAGACAUGUUUCAUAUUCGUACUGGGAAUUUGAUAUUGGGAUGUCGGUAUUCUACGGACCACGGCUAAAUGAUAUUCGCUACAAAAGUGACCGUAUUGCUUAUGAAAUAAGUCUCCAAGAACUAGCCAAUUUUUAUUCCGGAGAUAAGCCACAGGAACGUGUACUUUAUUUCUUAGACUCUAUGUUUAAGAUUGGUGCGUUGGCAAAAUAUUUACACCCUGGUGUUGAUUGUCCAAAUGAUGCCACGUUUAUAAGUUCUUCUUUUAAAGUUGACACACAAGAUAAACCUCUAACAAAUGAGCGUGCAUUCUGUAUAUUUGAGCACAAUACAGGAAUGCCACUCCGUCGCCAUAACGGUUACUUUCGAUAUAUCCAUCGAUUUUAUGAAGGAGUUGCAAAUGUAGUUUUGAUCGUCAGAACCAUUCCUACGAUUGGCAUUUAUGACUAUAUCAUAGAUUUUAUAUUUUAUCAAAAUGGCGCCAUAGAAGUUAAAAUAACACCAACUGGAAUAGUGACAAGCUCAUGGUAUAGCCAUGACAACCCGUACAGUUUUCAAGUUGAUAAAAAUCUGAUGUCGCCAUUACACCAACAUUUGUUUAAUUUCAAAAUGGACCUUGAUAUCAAAGGUACAAGCAACAGAUUUCAAACUGUCGACAUUGAACCGGAUGUUGUUGAAAACGUAUGUCACAAAAAUACAGGUUCUACAAUUGUUCAGACUAGAUUCAUAAAAAGAUUAAAACAGACGGAACUUCAGGCGGCUUACAAAUUCAACUUCGAUUAUCCGAAAGUACUAACUUUUGUCAACAAUAACAAAAAAGAUAAAUUUGGAAACUCUCCUGGUUACAAAUUGGUAAAUAAAGGGAUGACUAAGUUUAUAAGACCAUCAAAAGACGGAAAUAACCCAGCCGUGAGCUGGGCCCAGUACCAGCUUGCAGUCACAAAAUACAAGGACAGUGAGCCACAUUCCAGCUCAGUAUAUACCCACUCAGACAAUCCUGUAUUUUUCUUUCAGGAAUUUAUUGAUGACAAUGAAAAUAUUGUAGACAAGGAUCUAGUUGCAUGGGUAACGAUGGGUAUGCAUCAUGUUGUACAGAAGGAGGAUUUACCAGUCACACAUACACCAGGUCAAUCACAUAGUGCAUUCUUAAUACCGUUUAAUUACUUUGAUGAGAGUCCUGGCAUGUCGGUGGGAAAUGCAGUGCGAAUAGAUGCAGUCGAUGCCAAUGGAAAGACUAAGGUGGAAAUCAAACGAUAUGGUACCAAAAGUGAUGUCAACUGUAUUCCUAAGAAAACUUAUUAUGAUGAAAUAUUGAAGAAAAAUCCGUGUCUGGCUGUGGAGUGUUAA